CCGCUUUGCUGUCGCUGAUUGAGUGACGUCAUAUCAGCGCGACGUAAACGUAAAGCGUACAACAGCGGCCUGUGUUUUCAUCUGAGCGCUGUAAUUUUUUAUCUUUGGUGGAGGAUUUUUCUCUACAGUCCGUCACCAUCAUGAAACUAGUCCGGUUUUUGAUGAAACUCAGCCAUGAGACGGUUACCAUUGAACUGAAGAAUGGCACCCAGGUCCAUGGCACCAUCACAGGUGUUGAUGUGAGCAUGAACACCCACCUGAAGGCAGUGAAAAUGACUCUGAAAAACAGGGAGCCCACUCAGCUGGAAUCACUGAGUAUUCGUGGCAACAACAUUCGCUACUUUAUCCUUCCGGACAGCCUCCCACUUGAUACCUUGCUGGUUGACAUCGAGCCAAAGAUCAAGUCCAAGAAGAGGGAAGCAGUGGCUGGACGGGGACGAGGCAGAGGACGAGGGCGUGGCAGAGGAAGGGGACGAGGCCGGGGCGGCCCGAGGAGAUGAUCACCAGGCCGUACAUUUGCUGGCCACCACCCCACUGUUUGUACAGGAAGUCUUUUUUUUUUCUUUUUCUCAGAGGAAACAUUUUGUGAAUUUUGUUUUUGUCCAAGUUUUGUUUUUCGUUAUUUUGUACAUUAAAAUCCUUCUGAAGAGGAUAAA